UAUUUGUAUUUGUAUUAAUAAUUAAUGUACAUAUUUAAAUAGGAUCUUUACAGAUAUAUUUAUAACGAUUGGUUUAUUAAACAACAAAAAAAUAUAUUUAGAAUAACAAUAUUGAAUGCAGAGUAUGUAACAAAAAUGGAAGAAAAGAGCUUUGUUUGGACUUCGGAUAUAACGAAACGAUUUUUUGAAUUCCGUUUCGAACACGAGUGGCUCUUUAAACAGAAGAAACAGCCUUGGACGGAGUUCCAUAAGAUACUUUUAGAGAAUGGUUUCCCAAAACAAAUGACCAUGAAUCAUAUAAGAAAGAAAUGGUCUUAUACUUAUGAUGCAUACAGAUUAGCUAAAAAGACUAAAAACAAAGAUUGGAAAUACUACAGAAUGUUUGAUAAACAUUUUGGAAAGAAAGUUUUAGAUAAAUAUGAAUCAUGGAAUGAUGAAUGGAGAUUAAAGCUAAUAAUAUGCAUAUGUGAGGCAAAAGAAGUAAAACUCGACUUUCAUAAUAUGUGGAGAACUGUAGAAAGAGCAUUAAGAUUUCAAGACCUACCAAUAGACUGUUGCAUUCAAGACCUGAAAGGGUUGUGGCAUUACAUAAAAGUUACUUUUAAUAGAAAACAUCGUCUGAUAUUAAAAAAGAGUUUGAACGCGGAGGACUGGGCGCUGUACCCGACCGUGCUGGAGUACUACCAGCGAUUCGAGCCGGAGCACCUGGCGCGGCUGGAGAACAUGCCGGCCGCCAGAUUGGCCAGACUCGAGCUGAGGAAGAAACACGUGCCCAGGGGGACGUACAGUCGGGACAAUGACACCGAGGACUUUCAGUGGUCUAAAGAUAUAACCGAAUCUUUCAUACAGAUAAGACUGCAGAACGAUUGGCUGUUUAGGGACAGGAAAUGGGCGUGGAAUAAUCUCCGUGCAAUGAUGAUCUCAGAGUACGGCUUCCCUCAGACGUUGAGCUCGCGCGAGCUGUCCAGGAAAUGGGCUGCUACUUACGGCGAAUACCAAAAGGCAAAGGCGACGAACAACAAGUCGUGGGUGUACUACAAUUUGUUGGAACUGUAUCUCGGUGAAGGCAGCCUGAGCCUCAAUCCUAUGGUUGGCUGGCAAGAAGAGUGGGUGCAAAAUUUAAUCAGCGUAAGGACGGAUUUGGAACAUUUGUUCAAGUUUUCCGAAAAAAAUAUACAACAGGCGUGGGGGGAGGUAGAAAAAAGAUUACGAACCGUUGGCAUUCCUAUAGACCACAGCCUGUUGGACAUUGAGGAUAUCUGGAUACAUUUACUGAGAACUUACAAAUGGAAAAGAAAAUUCGCCAACAAGGGCAUACUGAACGAGCAGUGGCCGUACUUCGAAGCGAUGGCCAAAUACAUGGAGACUAACGAAACACACAUCAAACACAAACACGAACACUUCGACGAUGCGGUCGUGGAUGACGACGUCGAGGAUGACAUGAAACUGUUUGACCUGAAGCAGAGGCUGAGUCUCGUCAAGCCGAAGUUCGAGGCGAUGGAUGUAAACAUGUGUCGGUGUUGCUCCAACGAUGACGGAUGCGUCGGCAUCUACGAUCAGAUGGACGAGUGCGGUGUUGACUUGGUGCACAAGUUGAAGACCAUUUGUGGGGUUGAGAUAGAGCCGUCUGACACGCUGCCGUCACAAAUAUGUUUAAACUGCCUCAAAGAAUUAGAAAACGCGUACAAAUUCAGAAGAAAAUGUCAAGAUGCUGACAAAGUGUUCAGGGACCAAGCUAGUCAAGUUAAAGUAGAAACUCAUCAAAACUACCAUCCAAAUAAUAUUGAUACCAUAGAUAACGCUCAAGAUACCAUAGCAUUUGAAAUUGAUUCUCACUACGACGACCAAUCCACGGAAGUCUCGACAGGAAUCCUAACAGAGUCUGCGAAGAUACAGAAACCAACAAUCAAAAGGGAAAGAAAAAUGUUAAAGAAGAAUAAAGUCCGAAAAUCGAGAUACGAUUAUUGGAAGAUUUGCGAGAUUUGCGGCAAAAACACGAGAAACUUGAUCAGCCAUUUGGAAUCGCAUUCCAGCGACCGGAUAUAUUCCUGCGAAGUUUGCGGAAAGAAGUUUAAAUUUAAAAGCGGUUUGAUAAUCCACAAAGCGGCACAUUCGACCACACCGAAGAAGACGUGCGAAGUUUGCGGGAAAAAUUUCUACAUAAUGGCGCAAUAUCGGAAACAUUUCGCCUUCCACGCGAACGAGAGGAAAUUCGGAUGCGAAACUUGUGGGAAAAGAUUCAACUCUAUGGACAUACUGAGAGUUCAUACAAGAUCACAUACCGACGAACGUCCCUUUAGUUGUUCUGAAUGCGGUAAAACAUUUCGCACUUCGGGCUGCGUUUCCAGACACAGGAGAAUCGUCCACAGGAAUAUUAAAAUUAGUAAAAAAGUCGAACAGAAAUUAUAAUAUUUUGUUGUUGUUCUAGUGUGUAUUUGACCUCGUUAUCGGCUCUGAAUUAUUUAUUAAAGCACAUUAUCUUAUACGGUGUUUAUUGUUGUUCGUAGUAAA